AUGACUACUACACUGUCCACUAAGCAGGGGCUCUUGACGAAAGCGGUUAAGCGACUCGCUGCCACACUAGAGAACAAUGGGGACUGGGCAACAGGACUCUGCAGCCUCCAGCCGAGGAUCAUGAACGGAAAACAUAUGAUUCGAAAGACGAAGGUCAUUCUGGAAUCCGAAAUAUUCAACGUCGACAACGCUCUGGAGCGUUAUACCACGGUAGCCGACAGCCUAGAAGCUGACACCCCAGCCCUGGACGAAAUCCUCAGGAAGAGCCCGUGCGCAGAGCGAACGUCUAGAAGCACAGAGAAACUUUUGGAAGAGUUGUCAUCCAUUGUGUCGCGGCUCCAACUCAAAAGGGGAAACAUUGACAUCUUUCUUGCAAGAAUCAACUUCUGGGCAAAUUCACGGAGGGAAUCCAGCGCAAUUGUUUCUGCGAGCGAAGGAACAGCGGCUCCAGAACGAUAUCCAACCAAAAAACUUCUUUGCAGAUCUCGUGAUUCUCGGAAAUUGAUGAUUCUAUACAAAAUAAAUUAUCUACUAGAUGCUCUGCAAGCGAGCCAGAGAAAUCGCUCAAACAGCUUGAAAUCUCUGGAACAAAUUACCUCCUAUCAAAAAUAUGGGAAUCCACAGGCUCUAGUCGAUCACACUGAUACGCGACUAUACAGAGCCCGUGCGGCAGAGCGAACGUCUAGAGACCAAGAGAAAUCUUUGGAAGAGUUGUCAUCCAUUGUGUCGCGGCUCCAACUAAAAGGGGAGAACAUUGACAUCUUUCUUGCAAGAUCAACUUCUGGGCAAAUUCACGGAGGAAGCUCCAGCGCAAUGUUCUGCGAGCGAAGGAACAGCGCUCCAGAACGAUAA